UCAAGCAAUUGGUUGAUGACGUUGUCGUCGAUGGUCGCUUGCUCGCUGUUUCGCUCUGCUGCUGCUUUUAUCUCCGUUGUGCUGGCUUCGUGUUAUUAUUCGUUGACUGCGCAGUUGGAUUGGCUCUGGUUUUUGUGUUGAGUGUAAUUUUUCGACACUGUCAGUCGUUUGCGAACAACGUGAGUGUUAACAUCUCGUCUCAAUUUGAAAGUAGAAAAAGCCAAGUGGAAAAAAGUUCCCCAAAAAAAGAAAUCAAACAAAAAAUAUAUAAAAAUAAACACAGCCAAGGCAAAGAAUAAAAGAGAAUUACAAAAAAAAAAAGAAAAUAUACCUAGCUAUAAUUAAACAAAUAUCUACCCAAGCAAAAGAAAAGAAGACCUUUCUUUCGAAACGGGAAAUCUGAGAACAAUAUCAAAACGGUUUAACAACAAAUAAAUAAAAGGAAGAAAGUCUUGUUUGUCGUGUGCGUGUGUGUGCGUGUCGGGGCAAAGGACUUUUUGUGAAGGAAGUGAAAAUAAAGCAAAAGCAUAAAAAUUUUAUUUUUGAUAUUGCAAAGUAUGUUGUUUAUCAUUGUGCGGACGUAUGGUUGGAUGGAUGAAUGUAUGUACAUAUGUAUGUAGUAAAUGAGUGAUGCGGCAACAACAACGGCAAUUGGAACAAUUCCAAUGGUUGUGUCGAAAACAGAAAUCCACGAGUUUCCUUUUCAUCAUUACAACACUGCAAAAGCAACAACUACGAGAAAAAUCAAUCAUAAACAAUUUCAUCGCCAACAACAAAACGCAGAAGGUUGUGGGAUUGACGCUGUAACAACAACAACAACAUCAACGACAUUUGUUUCACGGGCUAAUAAAAAUUAUUUAAAUAAAAAAACCUAAAGUUCCAUUACAACACUCAUCGGGUUUCACAACAGAGUGAGUGCACUGUAUUCUUCCCCCUUCCAUCUCCAUGCCACUCUAUUCCCCAGCAAAACAAGAGGACGCUCUCUUCCCCUUACACACAGUUGAGAUAGAGAGAGAGAGGGAGAGAUGAAAAAUCGUGAAAUGAUGUUAUGAAAAAAAGAGUGUGGAAAAAUCCAAGCGAAUGUAAAUUGAUUACAACAACAACAAAAUUGUCAUAACCAGAAGCAGCAGCUAGCAAAAGCUAUUGAAGAAGAUAAAGUGAAAGAAAACAUAAAUUCUUCCCCUCCCAAAAAAAACAAAAAAACAAAGAAAGAAAAGCAUAAAAACGAAUCAAUUUGUUUUCUUUUUAUUUGGUGUUUUGUAUUCGUGAGUGAGAGUAAAUAACAUGAACAUUGGGACAUUGCUUACGAGGUGAGAGUGAAUUGUGUGUGAGCGAGUGGAGUGACCUCAAACGUCAUCAUCGUCAAACGGAGACAGCAAUUACAAAAGGGGGCAGCAAUAACUUGGCAGCGCAGCAGCAUAAUGUUUAAAUAUAUACUGACAAUGAUGUAUCUAUAACCCAUUGGAUAUAAAUCUGUAGGCAGCAGGUUUACAACGAAAGAUCGUGUUCCAACAAAGCGCUGUGGAGGAGAGGAGUACCAAAGCUGCUGCCUUUUUAACGAGGACGAGAAGAGAAAUUGGCGGCGACGACGACGACGACAAUACAAAACGCCGCCGUCGACGACGUCAAUUGCAGAAAUUUCGUUAGAAUAGAACUUUGUCUAGAACAAAACCCAAUUGGUCCCAGCCUGAACGGUCUUGUGACGGAAUACCCAAAAACAAAAUGAUACCCACAUCGUUUAGCGGUUCUUCACCACCUACUGCCGGCAGCUUAUUAGGCCUUGCCAACAACAACACUUCACCCUUUCCACCUGGGUCCACGGCUGCAGGUGGCGGUUCCAAUGACAACAAAGAGGUCUACGAUUCAGCAUUACUGGGCAUAGCUUCUUUAAUCUUGGAAGGUCGAGCUUUGGCCGAAGAUGAAUAUGCGGUGAGACAACCGGAUGUCUUAACACAGGUUGGGCCUGGUGUUUGUGGUGGAGCUAAUACCAUGGCAGAUGGUAGCAUUGGCGGUGCCGGUCGUCAUUCGCCCAAACCAUCAACUUCCAGAGCUGGCAACAGUAUCUAUCAGCAGGAACAUCAUUCUCAUCACCAUCAUGGUAGUGGUGGUGGUGGUGGUGCUGGUGGCAGCACAAGUGAAGCCUUGGACAUGGCCAACUAUUUACGACGCAAAGCCUCAAAUUCGCCAGAUUUUACACAGUAUUCGUCUUUCCGGCUGGCUGAUAACUACAGCAAUAGCAGCAGUGAAAGUGCUGGCUCCUCGGUGGAGAGCAAUCACAGCCGUUGGUCUCAGAAACUAAGCCAACUGCGCCAAGAGUCUCCCUGUGCCCAGCGCCAACAUAUGGCUGGCGAACAAAAAGUUGCCGUGGACUGUGUUCGUUCUGUGGAACCGGAGUAUGUGGCACUGGCCAUCAAUACAGAGCAGUCACAUGACGAACGACGCACAAGCGGGGCUGGAGAUUUUGAAAUUAUACGACGUAUUGCCUUGAAUCGCAUGAAUUUGUUUAAUUCGCCACCGAAUAGUAGCGGAUCCAGCGGUGGUGGUGGUGGAAUUGGUAGCAGCGGUGGAGUUGUGGAUAAUUUUAUGUGCUCCCUACAGUCAUUGGCCAGCAAUACAUGCCUUCGUGUCGGCACCCCCAUACCAUAUAAUCCACCCAUUACAGCUUCCACACCCAAAUAUGGCCAUCAUCGUCUGACACCACAAAAUAUCCCACGGUUCCCCACCCCGCAGCAUACAGAUUUGUCGGGUAGUUCAGCUAAUAGUAGCUCUGGUGGUGGCACCCCAUCCGGUUGGUAUAAUUCGGGAACACCUGUAGCCGCAGCCACCGCCACCACCAGCCAUAAUAAGGAUUAUUUACUACGAAAAUCAAGCGCCAUGCCAACACCACCUCAGUCAGCAACACCCACCAAUAGUAGUUUGUCGACCAACAGCAGCAGCACCUAUGAUAAUUCCAUCUCCGGCUAUAUCCAUGAUCGUCGCGAAAGUCCUGCUGCUGCCGUUGCUGCUGCAACAUCAUCGGCCAGAGCAACUCCAACGACAAGUCGUAAUACAACACCACCCCAACAGGGUCCACACUGUGAUCGGUUCCUGCGCAAAUUGGGACUAACCAAAGGUGAUGCCUCAGAUGCUGAGGAACACUUCUGUGAUAUGUUAUACGUUAAUAUAACGUGCGCUCGUUGGCGUGCCUAUUGUAUAAAAAUGGAAAAUAUUCUAGCUCGUGGUGAGCCCAUCUGCAUAGAAGUCUAUUUGGGUCCAGUAGGCCAUAAAAUUUUAUUAGAACAAUGGAUAAUAAAAGUUAAUGAUAAACAACCACCGCCCACAAUGACGCUGCCCUCAUUAUGUAGUGCCAUACGCAGUCAAUUGUACUUUUCACAAAUCAGUGCCUGGUGUGAUCUCAUUAAGAAAGCGGACAAGACCAUUUAUGAUACUGGUCGCCUUAUCUACACCACCACCACAACGCCAAGAACGAGUGCUGCUGGCGAUUUGGCCACCUCAACGAUGAAUGUGAAUAUUUUGGGUACCUCACCUACUGCAACUAGUCUAGCAGCAUCAGCAGCAGCAAAUUCGGGUGGUGGCAAUAAUAGCAGCAGCGGCAACAGCAGUAGCUCGGCUGCCACAUCAUCGUCAAAUGCCAAUAGUACAAAUCGAUGGCCAUCGCCAGCAUCGGCUGCACCACGUCUCAAUAUUUUCUACCGCAUCAAGGCAUACGAUGGUGAUGACAAUGCCAGCACGGCCUGCUUUAAUACAAAACCGAAUGUACAUAAUUUUCCAAAUGUCAAUAUAUCGGAAAAAUCUAGUGUAUCGGUUUGUUUGAAAAGUCUUCCACGUAUAACGGGGGGUAUACCGAAAAUAAACCCAGCCGUAACAGCAACAACAACCACAACAACGACAAUUACUCCCCAAUAUAAGGCCACAGAGGCGUCGUCCAGCAGCAGCAGUAGUAGUAGUAGUAGUGGGACAUGGUCAAAAAUGCCUGGGACAGCAACAACAAGCCCAUGUGCAGCGGCUGGAUCAACCACAAAAUCUUUAACAAUCAACUGUGAUAAUAAAAAUUCAAAGGAACAUCGCCACCACCACCACCACCACCACGAUCAUCAGCAAAUACCACAGCAACAACAACAAACUGCCGUUUUCAAUGCAACUUAUUCAAAUAGGGAAGAAGGAAAUCGGAAAAUUGAUGAUGGUCCCUACAGCCAAUUCGGGCACAACCCCUCAUCAUCAUUGCCAUCCUCAUCGUUGACAAGAAAUCCUCAUCCAGAUUUCCCAAAGCAACAAUGUUCAACAAAUAACGAUUCUCUGAACAGUCUCGAUGGUGGCGACAGCUUCAACAAUGGCAGCAGUGUUGGUGCGGGGGAUAGCUUUGAUCUUAGCGGCGGCAGCUGUGUUGGUUUUGGUGAAGGUGAUAGUUCCAAUUCCUCUCUAAGUACAAAUUAUGGAAAUCUUUCACAUCGUGAAAAACAGCUACUCAAGUAUCGUAAACGGAUGCUGAGGCGUGAUAAGAAAACGCAGCAACAACGGAAGACCAAUGACAACAGCGUGGCAAUUGAAUAUCAAAAUUGUUGUCCUGCAGUCGCCAGUUCACAGAAAAUGGAGCAGGGCGAAGACGAUGAGAUUGAGUGUUGUGAUGAUGAUAAUGACUAUGGUGAUCCACAUGAUGAGCCUCAGCAGCUAUUGAAUGCCAGGUCAUCAUCAUAUCAUCAUCAUCAUCAUCAUCAAAAAGUCACUGAUGAGAAUAAUCCAAAUGCAACAAAAGGCCAAAGACAACAACAACAGCAGCAGCAGCAACAAUUACCAAAUAGUUUUAAAAAUAGCAUUCCCCCCUCUGGAAAUGGGCAGCAACAACAACAACAACAGCAUGUGAAAAUGAUCUCAACUGGUACCCAAACUACCAGCCCCACCACCACCACCACAAACAAUCAUGCUAAUAAAGCGUCUAGUCCAACAACAGCAACUAGUACAAUGGAUUCCAUUACCUGUUCGGCAUGUGGUUAUGAAAAAUCAAUGAUUUGCCUGAAAUGUAAUCCUUUGAAGAGUUCGAAUCAUCGUGAUGAUAAUGAUGAUGAUGACGCCAAUGAAGCUGAUGAUGAUGGCGAUAUGCUGGAUCUAACCUCCUCAACAAGUCGAUCAGCAUCGUCAUCAUCAUCUGUCAGUAGUUUAAAUAGCAGUGAUAUUAUACAAAUACCACGUAAUAAAGCCGAGCUUCUAUUACAAGCCAUACAGAGGACGCCCAAAGCUAAUAAGAAACUUAAAGUAGCCAAAGAUUUGGAGCAUCACAACAACAAACACCAGCAGUCAGCCAACGAAAGUCGAAAAUCAUCUACAAACAACAAAAGCCAGAGUGGUCAUCACCAGAAUCGUUCCAAUAAUUUGCCAUCGACAACCGCACAACUACAAAGCUGUCAAAUGUGUAAACGUCAAAAAACCCAACAUCAUUUCCAACAGCAGCAGCAGCAGCAGCUUUCCAGUGCCCAACAUGAAAUGAAUAGUUCGGCGGAUAACAAUCAAGUGGUAAUUGGAGAAAAUAAUUCAUGUUUAAAUAAUUUCUCCCCCUCCGGGGCAGCUGUUGUGAUGGGUGGCCAAAUGAAUGUUGCUGCUGAUCAGCAAUCAGAUGAAAUAUUGGGCAGUGAUUCGGAUAAUGAAAAGGAUGGUGGGAAAAUGUCAGCGGUAAUAACAGCAUCAGUAGUAGCCGAAGAUUGUGUUGAUAAUGCUCGAAACUCGGUGGUGGUUAAUGGUCAAGCUAAAGAGAAAACAUGUGAUAACAAAUUAAUAAUAGAUAGCUAUAAGGAUGAUUGUCCCCAGUAUGGGGGAGGAGUGGAAUACUUUACAACUUCUACAAAACUAACUCCAAACAUCGAACGUUGUUCACUGACCAACAACAACAGCAGCAGCACCAACAAAUCGUACUACACCCAAUUAAAUGAAAAAUCCCAACCGAAUACCAGUGGCAUCGAUAAGGCUCAACGUUUGUGUUACACACCACCCAUGAUGUUGGAAUACAACGGUGACAAUGCCAAGAGUUCUGGCAAGGUUAUGGCACAAUUUAAGACACCCACAGCAAGUGAACAACAGCUAAAGUUGGACACCAAUCGUCAGCAGGUGCAACAGCAACCACACAAACAGACACCAAAGCCGAGUCUUCUACAAAUCGCUUUCAAUUUCAAUGUGGGCUCCAAUGUGAUAGAGAAAUCAAACAACAGCGUGGUGGACUCCAAAAGCCAUCAACACCACCAACUACCAUCCAUACACAAUCCCCUAUUGGCAAGACGUAAUUCGCCUAAAGUGAAUUUAACAAGGAUCUUCUGUAAUCCCAAUGAGAUGAAAGUCUCUUCACCCAUACCCAUUGCCAAUGGUGGAGGGAUGUCAUCAAAUGCUGCCAUUUCAUCUACGACGACGACAACAAUAUGCUCCUCGGCAAUGUCUACGGGUUCCAAGUCAGCUGACAUACAGGGCUCUGAUGGUGCGGUUGCGCCAACAUUCUCAUUUGAAUCACCCACCGGCCCGCCACCGCCACCACCCUCAAUAACGGUGCAAAAAUCCAAUUCUGCCCCCACAUUGCCGAAUUCACCUUCCCUGUCGCCGCGUUUUAUAAAAGCUUCAGCCCUAUAUAAACGUCGUUCGCGUCAUCUAUCCGAUCGUUCGGAUCGCUCAUCAUUGGGUUCCGAUGAACAGUUUUCCGAUGAAGAUCUGGAUUGUGGAAUGUAUAGUCCAUUUGCCACAUCGCCAGUAAAGUUGCGUUCACGUCUAUCUGCCGUAUUUGGGCGCAAGCCGAUUUUAGGCAAUCUGGAAGAGAGUUUGCUGCAACGACGUUUGGUACCCAAAAUCGAGGUGAUGGGUUUCAAGCUACUAUUGGGUGCUUCGGGUGGCUUUUGUCCAACACAACUGACCAUACCGGCGGCAGCUUACUUCUAUGAGCUCAAGGGAGAGACUUUGAGUACACCUUAUUUGUGUGAAAUACGCUUACCCCGCAAAGGCUAUUCGGUACCACGUUGUGGUACUGUCCAGGCUACCUUACUAAACCCAAUGGGUACCGUUGUUCGUAUGUUUGUUAUACCAUACGAUAUGCGUGAUAUGCCGGCAUUACAUCAGACAUUUAUACGUCAACGUAUUUUGGCCGACACGGGUAGCAGUAAUACUCAAACCACAACCACAACAGCAACAUUAACAACAAAAACGACAACAUUUAACAGUGUUGGAUCUAAUAGUGAUAUUAUGGUGCAGAAUGGCAAUAUUGAAACAAAUCCUGGUGAUGGUGGUGAUAAUGUGACAAUAAAUUCGAAUAAACAACAGCAGCAACAACAUCAACACAAUAACAUUGGCCUUAACAAUAACAAUAUAAGUUUAAAUGGCAGCAGCAACAACAACAACAAUAGCAACAGCAAUAAUGUAAAUACGGAAAAUGAAAUGGGUCAUUUUAUGUCAGCUGAGAAUAUGAAAAGUUUACGCUAUUCCAUACAUUUGAGAUUCCAAACCUCACGUUCGGGACGUUUAAUGCUGCACACCGACAUACGCCUAUUGAUAUCAAGACGAACCGAUUGCGAUACAGCUGCCGCUCAUGCCAAAGGCGUUCUGGAGGCACCCAAUGAACUUAUAACUAAAACUGUGAUGCCAACAAAUCCCAAAUACAGUGCCCGUCACGAUCAGACAGCGAGUAAUAAGAUUUAGUAGUUGUUGAAAGCUGCAUGUGUGCCAGUCGAAUUGUUGCAACACUUGCAACGUAAGUUCUGGCAAAAGAUAUGGGUUUGAAACAACACACACAAGAACAACAACAACACAUCUACAAAAACUAUAUAUAACAAAUAACGAAUUAACAAGAUUACAAUGCUGCCCAUACGAUUUGUUGGAUUAUAAAAAAAAAAUCACUUUUUUAUUAAGUAAAACUAACUAUAUAUCAAAAAAUAUAUAUAAAUUAAAAAAAAAAAACAAUAUUGAUCUGUACACAAAAAAGCAAAGCAAAAGAAAAAAAUCAACAACAACAACAAAAUAGUUCAACUUUAGCAAGAAGUUUCUUCUUAGUCAUUUGUCCUUUCCCUAGCUUACGCCGAUCUUUUGCAAUUUCAAUCCGAUUUUGUUAUUUUUUUUUUUUUUUACUUUAUUGCCUCUCACCAAAUAUGCCUUGUUCCGGAUGCAAAAAAAAUACAUAUAAUUCUGUGGUUUUUAGAAAUUUUUUAAAAAUUAUAUUUUUUUGUUAUUAUUUUUUUUUUAUUCUUGUUUAAGGAAUUUUAUCAAAUCAUCAUUUGAUUUUGUUUUUGGCCUACACUACAUACACUUUCUUAUACACACCAAGAGCCAGGAUAAACUCCUUAAUUUUAUUAUUUUUUUAUUUUUGAGUUUUAUUUCAAUAAACCUCUUUUAAGCCAAGAGGGUUUUCCACAGGACUUCUGUUGACCAAAGACCUCUUAACAUGUCUUAUACAGAUAGAAGACAGUUUUUACUACCUUUUUAGAAGUCUUCUGUAACCAUGAAGUAUUUUUACAGGUCUUCUUCCAAAGUCCUUUCAACAGGUCUUAUACUGAAAGAAAAUAUCUUUUUACCGGGCUUUCAAAAACGCCCUUGUAUUCGCCUUGUGCCGAAUAAAGUUCUUUAGAACUUAAUCUUUUAAAAAAUAAGAGCGUUUAUGAUACAUUCAGCUCUCUUCUUGUUAUGUGGAAACACUUUUAACAUUUUUUCCACAAAUUUUGUUCGGUUUUCUCUCUUCUACAUAUAUAAACUCAAGCAAUAAUUCUUCAAAAUUUACUGCAAAAUGUUUUUAAAUUUUCCUCUAUUAAAAUAGUAGUGGUGUAGGUUAUUAUGUAGUCGGUAUAAUUCGACUUUAGGAUUUUCACUUGUUUUAAUUAAAAAAACUAAAUCUGCAAUUUUUGAAUUUAAAUUCAAAUUAAAAAAAAAACAUCUAAAUAUAGUUCAUUUUUUUGCCAAUCUAUUUUAUUUUACAUUUUAAAAUCAAUCGAUUUAUAUUUGCCAAAAACAAAAACAUUGUCAUAUUGUCAAAAAUUUCGUUUUUUUUGAUACGGUAUAUGGCAGCUUUCGAUGUUUUCUUAAUUAUAGUUACGAAUUUACGUGAUAUCGAUAGAAAAGAAAAACGCUUUUUUUGUUUUUGAUUACAAAAUUUGUUGUUAAAACGUUUUCCCCAUUAAAUUUUCUUAUUGAAUAUCCAUAUCUUUCUUUUAUGCAAUAAAUCAAAUUUGUUUGUAUGUACCAUAUAUAUGUAUGUGUAUGUAUGUACACUCUGCUGGUUGUCUGUCCAACAAAUGAGGGCUAAUAAACAAAAGCUAUGUCGUUGUUGUGACCCUCUCCAGUAUAAAAAUGAAGUAAAGAAAAAAAAAUUGCAAUCAUAGAAUUACAACACGCCCCCAUUUUUUUUUUUUUUUUUUUUU